GCGUUUUCCCCACGCCUUGACCGAGUGCAUGGCAGCCGUGGGCUGGACUUCACGACUAACACUUGACCAGCGGUCCACGAGGUACUGUGAUCACAUGAAUUUGCGCAUGCAGUAGUACCGUAAACUUGGGUUCGCAACUUUUCGCUGUCCGACAUUCUACUUGAUUGGACCCGCUGGUGGGCAGUUUCAACACCACGCCGGAAUGUCCAUGUUCAAAGAACAGCCAUGUUUGGUAACAGGACAGCGACGAGUCUGUCCACUCUACAAAAAACAUACGAUGAGACCUACCUGACUUGCUCCACUGCCGUCUACUAUGAGAGUCAGGGCAACGAAGGCGAGGCUAUGCGAUGCUGGAGACAGGCGCUGGAGCAGAUCUACGACCAUUAUGCCAACAGGACCCUCCCAUUCAACGUCCGCUCCGAGACAGAGAUAGCUCUAUGCGAGAGCAUCCGCCAACUGGAGCUGCAGUGCAAGGAACGAAUCGACCUCCUCGAAGCUCUCCGUAUCUCGCGCCAAGAAACCUCCCAGAGAAACCCCUCGGAGGAUGGCCAAUCUUCGUCCGACGGUCAAACGAACAGGUCGCCGCCCGAGCCACGAAAUAUGGCAACUCCCAAACAGAAAGAGCAGGGAUGGAUAGGCAAUGGAACCAUUCCCGCUGUCACAUACACAGAACUGGCAAGACCCGACACGCUCGAACGAAGGUCGACCGAUUCCAAGACUUCGUUCAUACAGAAGGCUGCUGUGGGGGAGAACGGGCCACAGUCGGAUGACGUUGCACCGCCUUUACCAUCGCGGAAACCUCUCACUUCGACAUCGUUACGACUCUCUCCGGAGAAGCGGACGUCGAGAGGAUCGAGUCCAGAGCGGCAUACAAUGCGCACCACCUUGCGCUCAAGCCGAAUAGGGGAAAAACUUAUCAAAACAACGCUUCGCCGGCCAAGCCAGAAACCAGCUGAUGGCCCCGGGGCCAGUAAAGCGGCUGCACUGGCAUGGGGCUUACUAGGACAACGAGGGACGGCAGACCAACCUUCAGAGAACAGUCAAGAGCUGCCACGGUCAUUCUCAAAUCCGCCGACUCCGUCCGAGGAGCCGCGCAAAAGCCUAGAAUCACUGUACAAGACAUGGGACAGCAAUUCCCGGAGGCUCACCCCUUCUCGAACCCCGAACCCGGUGAAGCUGUCCGAUAGGCGGGCAAGUGCUGACAUGACAGACUCGCGACAGGCAGAUGCCUACCCUCUCACCCGGCCUUCCCCGAUAUCCGUCAGCGCGGCAUCAAGCGCUCUCAACUCGCUCACGCUGAAAGACAACCAUGAGCGUCAGUCACCCAUCCGCGAUCCGGUACUUCGCCAGAGAACCGCACCUCCGCAGACACCGCAAUCGAGGAGGUCAAAGGAGUGUUCACAUGCAGAGGUGGGCUUGUCUGAAGUGCCCAGAAACGUGCCUUUUGAUCUCAAAACCUCGGCGGAUUCUGUCAUGAUUUCGCGGAGAUCAGCAUCCAAGAUAUUCUCUGCGAGCAAGCCUAGGGCUACCCGCACGCCAUCCAGCAAAAGCAUCAACACAUCACAAAUGGGAAGCAGGAAUAAAGAUACGCGGCCUGGGUUGGCUUCUUCUCCGCCAACCUCUGACCAUUCAUCAUCAUCAUCAUUUGACACUUUAGCGAGACCGUCACGGCUCAACCGCAGCAGCAACCGACAAAAUGAGGCGUCCCUCAUCGCCGAAUCCCUAGCCGACCUCUCCGACAGCUCAACAGAAGGCGAGCAGACCAAAGCCGCAAAUUCGUGGAAUCGGCGCAAGGCAGCAGUCCUGAAAAGGCUCCCUUUCGGGGUCGACCAACAGGCAGCGAAGCAGAUCCUCAACGAAAUCGUGGUCCAAGGUGACGAGGUCCACUGGAUAGACAUUGCCGGACUUGACAUAGCCAAGAACGCCCUGCGGGAGACGGUCAUCUACCCGUUCCUUCGCCCCGAUCUCUUCAUGGGGCUACGCGAACCCGCACGGGGAAUGCUCCUCUUCGGCCCCCCGGGCACGGGUAAGACGAUGCUGGCGCGCGCCGUCGCGACCGAGUCCAAGUCGACCUUCUUCUCCAUCUCGGCCAGCAGCCUCACCAGCAAGUACCUGGGCGAGUCCGAGAAGCUUGUCCGUGCGCUGUUCGCCCUGGCGAAGGUGCUCGCGCCGAGCAUCAUCUUUGUCGACGAGAUCGACUCGCUGCUUUCGCAGCGGUCGGGCACGGGAGAGCACGAGGCUACGCGGCGGAUCAAGACCGAGUUCCUCAUCCAAUGGAGCGACCUGCAGCGGGCGGCCGCGGGCAGAGAGGUGAUGGUGGCGGAGAAGGACAACAAGGAGCGCGGCGGAGACGCGAAUAGGGUGCUCGUGCUCGCCGCUACGAACUUGCCGUGGGCGAUUGACGAGGCCGCGAGGAGGAGGUUUGUGAGACGCCAGUAUAUACCACUGCCCGAGGCCGAGACGAGGGCGGUGCAGCUCAGGACGCUGCUCCAACAGCAGAAGCAUACCCUGAGCGAUGCCGACAUUGACACCCUCGUCGGUAUGACUGAAGGGUUUUCUGGCUCAGACAUCACAGCGCUAGCCAAAGACGCAGCGAUGGGGCCGCUGCGGUCUUUGGGGGAGGCCCUACUACAUAUGACUAUGGAUGAGAUACGACCGAUUGAACUGUCCGACUUUGUUGCAAGCUUAACUACCAUCCGGCCUAGUGUCAGCAAAGCAGGACUCAAGCAAUAUGAAGAUUGGGCAAAGGAAUUUGGGGAACGAGGUGGAUAGCUGUGCAUGGUCAGUUUAGUUAGGGGGGGUUCAAGUUAGUGGGGG